UGUAUCCAGUAACAGCUGGCGUAAUGACCUUUUGUUUCCAGGCGGUCAGGUACGGAGAGGGGGGCGGAGAUUCAGAAGGAGCCGCUUCACAUCGGAAUUGUCCCGGCGUCCCGCACAACAAAUGGCCGUGAACCGACAGAGAGGGAGACUGUGAUGAUCCAGGUUUCUCUUUUUUCUGUGUACGACUACAGUGCAAGCCGUCUCCAUGCUCACAUAGUAGGUUAGAGAGGGCACGAAGCGCUCUUUAUCCUUUACAUUCAGCAACAUUUUAUCCAUCUGGCAGAAGAAUGGGAGAGUCCUGUUGACACCACGGAGAGAUACACGCUGAGACCGACUAUGGCUGUGGACGCGGCGUCCAGCUUCAGUUUUUGCCGUGCCUCCCUGGAGCACACGGUGUCUGCUGAGGAGCUGAGCUACCAGCUGCCGCGUCGCGCCGGAGGCAGCAACCUGACCUGGCACGAUGGCCGUGGCCAGAGGACAGCACACACACGCACUGUCAAAUUACUGCAGCAGCCCGGCACCGAGGGCAUCCAGUUGCGUCCGGGCGAAGCCUUCACUGUGUAUCACACCAGUCCUACUCUGUCCAGUCUUUCCAAACCUGUGGUGCUGUGGACUCAGCAGGAUGUCUGCAAGUGGCUUAAGAAACACUGUCCUCACAACUACCUGACCUACGUAGAGGCCUUCUCCCAUCACGCCAUCACAGGACGGGCGUUACUGCGUUUAAACGGGGAGAAGCUAGAGAGGAUGGGAAUCAUCCAGGAGACGUUGAGGCAGGAGGUCCUUCAACAAGUCCUCCAGCUGCAAGUCAGAGAAGAGGUCCGCAACCUGCAGCUCCUUAGUAGAACCUCCUUUGGAAACUUCUCUUAGCUCACCCCUGGAUCCAUUUGGCAGCCCUUUCCCUCAUCCCCUGUCACAAUACAUCUCUAGGAGCCAUUGAAGAGCUGCUGUCUUCAGAUAUGUGAGCGGAUGGUGAAAGGGGAGAGGACAAGCCUAUAGACUACAUGCCAACCGGUCUGGAGGAUUCUCAUUCAACACGGCCAAUCUGGUUUACAGACACUGAGACAGAGAGACAAAGCCUGGCUCAAGGCAGGGGUACCCACUGUAACAUAGUGAUAAGAUGUAAGAUUCACAGCCCUAGUGAUGAUGCAGGCCUGUCACUGGUAUAUGCUUGAUCGCAGCAAAUCUCCUUUUGGUUUACUGGUGUCAUUUUGAUCAGACUGAUUUUAAUGCUUUACAUGUGCACAACCAGUAUUUAUGGUUUUUCCUCUCUCUUCUGGUUAAGGUGAAUGAAUAGCUCUCUGAACCUUUGAGCCCAGUAAUGCUAAAACCAUGUGGACGACGGUUUGUAUUGUAGUGUAAACAUAGAUUUACAUGCAGCGCCACCAUUCGGCCACUGGAUCGAAAGUUAAGGAAACCUCCAGUCGAUCUCCAUAUCCCUUUGAAAGCUGUGAGAGGUGCCUGUUUACAAGGAAUUAGCUGGUCUUGACUAAUGCCAAUACAAUUCUUAUCAAUUCCUCACCAACAUGUCACAUUCACAUUUUCCUCUCAGGACUUUAGUUUUGGGUAGUUUUGUAGGUUUGGAGGUCAUCAAAAACACAAAUUUCAUUCCAACAAUCUUCUUUUUUCUAUUGAUGUGCAGUAUAUGAGCCAGAAAUUAA